AUGAGUGCCUCUGAACAGGCAUUUCGAGAACUCAGCCAUGUUUUCUCCACCAGAGGUAAUCAAGUCCUCGAGAUCGAGAUAAUACCUCCAUCCUUGGGAUCUUCAUUCCUACAAGAUGAGGCAUCAAUCGGUCUUACCAAAAAGGCCUUGGUACAAGCAUAUACGGUUGCUAGAGAGCUGUUUUUCAAGCAUCUUGUGCUCGUGUUCGAAGAGGGCACCCGAGCCCAGCAAAGCCACGAUGAGCUUGGGGAUGAAUUAGGAAUCACAGAGAUCAUGCUCCUUUUCGAUUGUGAGCAUUUGACUGCGUGUAACUGGCGUAAACGCCAGCUUCUAGCAGCGGCGGCACGAUGCGCAAAGGCGCCCGAUCAAAUCGUCCCGACCAAAGAGAUGCUGAAAGCAGAGUUGACUCUUUUAACGAGCUUCCAGACCUCACCACUGCACCGGCACACGAAAUCCCCUACAUUGUGGUCUCAUAGAUUAUGGACGGUAAAGCAACUCUUAGCCUUGGAGUCCUUGAGCACCAAUGCCAUGUUGAAACUCCAAUACGAGGAGCUGGCCUAUGUUCUCCGUGCAGGCGAGCUCCACCCGCGGAAUUACUAUGCUUUCGGCUAUAUGCGGCAGCUGCAUUCCUUCCUUGCCAGUAUAGCAACUGUGGAGGGUCGACCUGGGUGGUCUCUUGAUCUGGCGAAGAGCCUACUAGAUCCUGUGCUGAACUGGUGUUAUGCUCACCCAAGAGACAUAUCGGGCUGGACGUUCGGCAAAUAUCUGCUCCAUCAAAUAUCAGACCAACAGAUUCGGAACCAAGUCAUAGCUCGGGCUCUAUCAUUUGCCCGAGAUAUCGGAUGGGAAGGCGAGAGCUUUUGGACAUUUGUCGAUCAAACCGUUCGAGAGUUUUCUCUUGAACAAGUUGUUCACGCGAUAGUUCCUUUGGAGACUGAGCCCUCAUUAUCUACGGGAAACGCGCCAGCAUGGGCCAAUCGACUCGCCACGGCCAAAGUAUAUUGGGCCGCGCACAAAUCUCCCUCCUGA